AUGGAGCACCUAUGGAAAUUUCCACUGCUCCGCCGUCCGGCUCCUGCCAGCUGCCCUCGGAGCAGCCGGGGCGAGCAGGAGCUGCUGCGGGCACACCUUUCUCGAACUCGUGGAAAACCUUCGUCUUGUCUCAAGAGAGCUGCUCUGGAUGGGCUUCUUCCCCGGAGACCAUCCCCUGCGGCUGUCACGCCUUCCCUCGGCGGCGAAGGCGGCGGUGCGUCUCUGGAAGAAGUGCUGGGGACGGCGGGGGUGCUUCGUGAGAGCCUGCUUCCCGGUGCUCUGGCGCAGUAUGAUAGUUGCUUAGAACUGGUGAACAAAAGGCUGCCUUGUGGCCUCGCCCAGAUUGGAGUGUGCUUUCACUCCAUUCCAGAAAGUGAACCACACAACAAAUGUCUGAGAAGAAUAGGCGAAAGGACCACGUCUUUGCUUGCAUGGUUUAGCUCUCCUAGAACUGCGGGGCAGUGGCUCGAUUACUGGUUACGCCAGAGACUGCAGUGGUGGAGAAAGUUUGCAGUAGGCCCGUCUAACUUCACCAGCAGUGACUUUCAGGAUGAGGAAGGAAGAAGAGGAUUUAAUUUACAUUAUAGCUUUCCUUGGGGGAAAGAAACAAUAGAAACAUUGAAGAACCUUGGUGAUACUGAACUGUUACAGAUGUAUCCAGGGGAUAGUUCAAAAUUACUUGGCCGAGAUGGAAGGAAGAAUGUUAUUCCUCAUGUUCUGUCUGUGAGUGGAAAUCUGGACCGAGGAGCAUUAGCGUAUCUCUUUGAUUCUCUACAGCUAGCUGAGAAUCCAUUAACAAAAAAGAAAAAUUCACAGAGAAAGGUACUUAAGCUUCAUCCUUGUUUAGCGCCUCUUAAAGUGGCCUUGGAUGUGGGAAAAGGUACAACAACAGAGCUGAGGCAGGUUUGUCAAGGAUUGUUCAAUGAACUGUCAGAAAAUAGAAUUUCUGUAUGGCCGGGUUAUCUUGAAACUGUGCAGGUAUCUCUGGAACAGCUUUAUACAAAGUACGAUGAGAUGAGUGUUCUCUUCACGGUCUUGAUAACUGAUGGCACUCUAGAGAAUGGAGUGGUCCAGCUGAGAAGCAGAGACACCACAAUGAAGGAAAUGAUGCACAUUUCUAGGCUGAAGGACUUUUUAACCAAGUAUGUAACAUCAGCCAAAAACGCUUGAACUGAAAUUUGUUGAAUAAAAGGACUUUUGUAAACA